UUUUAUAAUAAAAAAUAGUCAAGGCUAAUUUUUGCUUCGUCACAAAAGCUACACUCCACAUCAUACAUUAAGAACUAUAGAUUAACAGAGCAAUGUUUAUGUUUAAAAAAUUAAAACAAAUCGGUAAUGGAAUCAAGAACGGAAUCAGAACCAAGGAGAACGAGAAUACCCAAGACCAACUAAACGAUAGGAUGGGAGAACAGAGAAAUCAGGAUUUAGUCACAAGAAAACGUAAAUUUGAACUGCUACAGAAUCCUCUCACUCCUGAAGAGAGCGAGGAUAAGUGAUUUUAUCAAGAAAUUGACUGUAGAAUUUCUGAAGAUCCUCUUCUUCAACUUGAGGAGGAUGACAUUGACAAAGACAUGAAGCUCAAAAGAUUAUUUAAAUUAAGAGCAAAGAAGCUUCUUGAAAGGGCAGAAAGUUUGACACCUAGUCAUUACGAUGAAUACUUUGAUCCAUAUGGCAUGAGCAAAGAGGAGGAGAAAGAAGCCUUGCAAAAUCUUGCUGACCAGAAUGAAGUGCUACUCAAUGGGAAAUCCAAGUCUCUUUCCCUUGGCUUAUCUGAAGUUGAGCCUAAAAAUGCUAUCAUCGAAGAGAAGAAGGGGGAUGUUACUGAAAAAGAGAAGCCUCAAAUCAGAAGGUGUCAGUCGCAUCAAUACAAAAAGUCUAAAUCUUUCAGUAACAAGGAAGAGCUCGAGUCAAGUCUCAAAGAUUUCACUUGAACUAUCUGCAUGGACUACAUGGUUGGUGCAAAGAAGCUACAUUGAGGCCAUUGAUUCUGUGAUCAAUGAAUCUCUUUCUGGUUUUUGAGAGAGAAGUUCUGCCCUAUCUGAAAAGAAAAAGUCAGGGAAGACAAGAACAUUGAAUGAAACCUCAUCGAUUUUGCGGUUGAAAACAUCCUCAUGAGAGGAUCACCUGAAUUUGAAAGUUUGAAAGAGGAUCUCAAAAAUUGGCAAAAUAGAAAAAAUCAAUAUCUUGAGUGGAAAAAGUCACAUACACUAUCAAAUGUUUCGAUAGGAGACAAGGUUGAUGUUCGUGAUACUGAAUAUAUUUGGUGUACUGGGAGCGUAGAGAGAAUACUGAAGAGCAAAUAUAACUGCGCUGAUCUCUACUAUGUUCAUUAUGAGGGAUGGAGUAGAUGCUAUGAUGAAUAUAUCCCUGCAGAUUCUGAGAGAAUUGCACCUCAAAACUUUUAUACAUCAAGAACUGAUAUUCCUAAGUAUACCAGACACAGUGGUCCCGAUGAAAGAAUAUAUGGGAAUGUUGUUGAAGGAGGACAUGAUUCUCCAAGGAAUGCUCAGCCAGAAAAUAUUAAUGACAGCAAUGAAAGACCACAAAAUAAUAGCGAUCCACCUCAAGAACAAGCAGAAGAGUCUCAACCACCAAGUGUUCAACCUGCAAGAGAGCCACCUUUGAGGACACAAUCUAACCAAACUUCAAAUGACGAGGAAGAUAAGGAUGAAAGUGAGCCUCAAAAUACAAGAAGAAUUCUUACUGCUACAAUUAGUAGACCUUCAACAACUAGUAAUAGGCCAACCAAUUCAACCAUAAGAAGAAGGCUCAAUAUUCUCAAUACCUCAAUUCAAAGAGACAGAAGAAACAGAGAAUCCCUUUCACAAAAUAGAAGAGAGAGAAGGAUAGAAGGAACAAAUAGAUCUUCUAGAUCUGGUUUGGAUGAAUUGUUCUCUGAUUUUAUGGGCUCAUACAGAAAUCCUUCUAAUCAACUACAAGAUUCGAUUAUCAGAAGCAUCCAACUAAGACCUUCAGCUACAAACUUGCAAAUCAUGCCUAUUUCAUCCCCAAGCAGAAUUAAUAGUGAAGGAAAUGAGAGAUCGAAUGAAGAAAGAGCUAACUCUCAUCCUGAAAGUACAGCAGUAAAUGAAGACACCCAAUUGUCUGAAAUCCCAGAACAGCCUCAACUAUCAAGCCAAGCAUCUAAAAAUGAAGCCACUACUAAGACCAGUGAAAAGAAGUAAACCAUCAGGACGUUCUCAGAAAAGAGUGGGCACAGGGUAUAUUUUCAUAUACUAAUUUCAUUCAAAUUUCAUCAU